AUGGACAGUGGAUCGCGGUCCCCUCCCGCAAACCCGAACGCGAAAGUGGUUGUCGUCACGAACUUGACGCGAAACGUCAUGGAAUCGCAUCUGCAAACAAUAUUCGGUUUCUACGGCGAGGUGGUCAAGGUCGAUCUCCCUCUCUUCGGAAAAUCGGGACAAAACAGAGGCAAGGCGUCACUCGAGUAUGUCGACUCUGCGUCGGCACAAAAGGCGGUCUCGCACAUGGACGGCGGUCAACUGGAUGGCGCCAUCAUCAAGUGUGAGCUCUCGGAGGCCUCCAUCCGCUCG